CACACACACACACACACACACAACUCUCUCUCUCUCUCUCUCUCUCACACACACACACACACACACUCUUCGUGUUCCGCGAUCGCUUGGCGCCAUGGAGGAGGAGGUCGACGAAACAGAAUCCGUGCAUCAGGUCUACAUGGCAUGCCUCAUGCAUGGUCAUAGAGUUGGAAUUUCCUAUUAUGAUAGUCUUACACGUGAACUCCAUGUGCUGGAACUUUGGGAAGACGGUACUGCAGAUUUUCCUCUAAUUGAUAUGGUCAAGUAUCAGGUUAAGCCGUUGAUCAUAUACACAAGUACCAAGAGUGAAGAAUCUCUCUUAGCUGCUUUACAACAGAAUGAUGGUGCAAGUGAGGCACAUACGGUGAAGCUUAUGAAGAGUUCAGUAUUUAGUUAUGAACAAGCAUGGCACAGAUUAGUAUAUCUUCGGGUAACUGGAAUGGAUGAUGGGUUAAACGUCAAAGAAAGAAUCUGCUUUCUAAGUUCUAUGAUGGACAUUGAGAGUGAAGUGCAAGUUCGUGCUAGUGGGGGUCUUCUUGCCAUAUUGGAGACCGAAAGAGUCGUGGACACCAUUGAACAAAAUGAGUGUGGGAGUGUAUCAAUUGCAAUCAAUUCUGUCAUGCAAAUUUCAUUAAACAAAUUUCUUAAAGUUGACUCUGCUGCUCACGAGGCAUUGCAGAUAUUCCAAACCGACAAACAUCCAAGCCACAUGGGAAUUGGUAGAGCAAAAGAAGGGUUUUCUGUAUUUGGCAUGAUGAAUAAGUGUGUCACACCCAUGGGUAAACGUCUUUUAAGGACAUGGUUUCUCAGGCCCAUACUAGACCUUGACAACUUGAACAGUCGUCUUAAUGUUAUAUCGUUCUUUGUUUCAUCUGAAGAACUUUUAACUUCUUUACGUGAUACACUGAAAUCUGUCAAGGAUGUUCCGCACAUACUGAAGAAAUUCAAUUCCCCAAGUUCAGUAUGCACCUGUGGUGAUUGGACUGCGUUUCUAAAGAGCCUUUCUGCACUGCUGCAUAUCAACAAAAUAUUUGAACUAGGAAUUUCUGAAAAUCUUCAGGAGCAAGCUAACUAUUUCAGUGUAAAUAUUGUUGAGAAGGCUGCUUCAUGCAUAUCAAUGGAUUUAGCUUAUGUAUAUGAACUGGUAAUUGGUGUUGUUGAUGUAAACAGAAGUAAAGACAAAGGCUAUGAGACAACGGUGAAAGAUGGUUUUUGUGACGAGCUGGAUGAACUGAGGCAAAUAUAUGAAGAAUUACCAGAAUUUUUGGAAGAGGUGUCAUCAUUGGAACUUGCACGUCUUCCUUACAUGUCUAGAGACAAACUGCUUCCACAAGUUAUUUACAUAAAUCAGAUAGGAUAUCUGAUGUGCAUCUUUGAAGAAAAGCUAGAUGAACGCAUUUUAGAGGAACUUCAAGACUAUGAAUUUGCUUUCUCUGAUGAAGAUGGUGAUGUUAAGAGGUUCUAUUACCACAAUGCAAAGACAAGAGAACUGGACAGCCUUUUAGGAGACAUAUAUCAUAAAAUUCUAGACAUGGAGAGAGCUAUCACAAGGGACUUGGUGUCGCAUAUUCUCGAGUUCUCGAUGCAUCUGCUCAAGGGAAUCAAUUUUGCAGCAGAACUUGACUGCUUUUUGUCAUUGGCAUUGGUUGCUCGUCAAAACAAUUACGUAAGGCCCAUACUGACUGCUGAAGCUGUGCUUGAUAUUCGUAACGGAAGACAUGUUUUGCAGGAAAUGACAGUUGACACAUUUAUUCCUAAUGAUACAAAGAUUAUUGAUCAGGGGAACGUUCAUAUAAUUACAGGACCUAAUUAUUCAGGAAAAAGCAUAUAUAUAAAGCAGGUAGCAUUAAUAGUUUUUCUUGCCCACAUUGGAAGUUUUGUUCCAGCAGAUGCUGCGAAAGUGGGCUUAACUGAUAGAAUUUUCUGUGCCAUGGGAAGCAAGCUUAUGACUGCGGAACAAUCCACAUUCAUGAUUGAUUUGCACCAAGUUGGAAUGAUGCUGAGGCAUGCUACUUCUCGGUCAUUAUGUUUACUAGACGAAUUUGGCAAGGGAACUCUUACUGAAGAUGGUAUCGGUCUGCUUGGUGGAACUAUUGAUCAUUUUAUCUCGAUGUAUGCUCCUCCGAAGGUUCUAAUUUGCACUCACUUGACCCAGAUAUUUGUUGAUAGUCAUUUAUCUCAGUCAGAUAAAGUCAAAUACUACACCAUGAGUGUGCUAAGACCUGACAACAGUAAUGAAGCCCUCGAGGAAAUUGUAUUUCUAUAUAGGCUGGUUCCUGGACAUACACUUCUUAGUUAUGGACUUCAUUGUGCUCUACUUGCUGGUGUUCCUCAAGAAGUAAUUAAGAGAGCGGCGUUUAUAUUGGAUGCUACCACUAAAGGUAUACAUAUCGAUCGAGCAUGUGAUGAAAAGAUAACAGCUCAAGAUGAGCUAUAUAAGAAUGCUGUGGAGAAGAUGGUAGCUUUCGAUGCUAUCAAUGGUGAUUUGUCCCUGUUCUUUCAAGAUAUGUGUCCUGGUCAACCAUGAUUUUUGUACCUCAAAUCAUAUUUGGUACUAUUCAAAAUGGUAUGUAGAUUUUUUGCUUAACUUUAGUCUCUUAUAUCUUUAAUGACACGAUAAUGAGGAUUGAUUAUAUUUGUAUGUGUGGCCGACCAUGAGACGUUUAGCGGAGGCACAACUGUAAAAGCACCCUGAAAGAAAAUUGAUAAAAUAUCUAAUGUUCAACUAUUACAUACAUCUCUCUUUAUCCGAUAAAUAUAAAUCAGGCAAGUCGAGCCUAAAACACCUCAGGAAUUAAUUUGACUACCUAAACAAAGGCGUAAAUUAAUGCAAUCAAAUAUCCCAUGUUUUACAACAUAAAAAUAA